AAAUAAAAGCAUUUAGCACAAUUCCUUUCACUUAGUAGGCAUUAUAUAAAUGCUUAUUGCCUUCCUUCUUUCCACUCCUAUUCACUAUACUAUGCUGCCUUUUUGUAAGAAUGUCUCGUAAGUAUGUUACUCUCAGUGCUCUUCCUAAACUCUGCAUGCUGGGACCAAGAGUUCUGUGUACCUCUAGAAAAUUAUACAUAUUUAUAGUCAUUUGGUCUCUUAAUUCACACAAGAAAGGCCAGCUGGAUGAAUAUAUGUUAUAUCAACAUAUAUAUAGAUGAACAAUAUGUAAAGCCUGUUGUAAAUCUGGGACAGUGGCAUGGAUAGACAAUGAGUUCAGUCCAGAGUUGAAUAGAAGGAAGGAGUAGAAUAGGUUAGAUUACCUUCUAGUAAUUAUAAAUCUUAACUAUUAACCCUGAAUUUUCCAGGAAAGUAAAGACCUAUCUGUUUAGUAUUAAUCAGUAUUGUUAUGUGGCAAUAAAAUAUAGAGUAUAAUAUCUUUGAAAAAUAAAAUUGAAUAUAACUCAGAGGACAAUAGAGAGGCUCAUAAUAGGUGUAUAUAUUUCAUAUAUAUGAAUAUUUUUUAAUGGACCUGUAAUUUCAUUGGUAAAAGGAGCUUCCAGUGAGGACAUUGCCUUUAUCAAGGCAUACCAACAACAACCAUGCAGUAUAUAUAGUCUUCGAAUGUUUCCUGAAGGCACUGAGAGAUUAAAUUUAAAAUUACAUUUUAAGAUUAAAAAAAAAUAUUCAGGGUCUUGUAGUCACUAUGUGUCAGAGACAGAACUUGAACCCAGGGCCUCUUAGCUCCCAGAACUGGCCCUCUAUUUACUAUAUUCCAUGUUGCCUCUCUCACAUGUGAGAUUAACCUAGUAAUAUUAUCUUAUGUGUAAGUAGUGAAUAUUGGACCAAAUCUUAAUCAUGUUUUAUACAUUCUGUUACAGGAUAUGUGAGUAUGUAAACUACAAUAGACUAUAAGUUCUCUGAUGGCAUUUAAAAUACAGCAACAUUUCAAUUGUGAUGGCAACUGAGACGGAAAAGACCUUUGCUCUCCUCCAGACAUUUAGCACUCUGUCUGUUAUUUCUAGCCUUGGUUUAGGUUUAUUCUGCUUUGUAGCAGACAGACUUUUUCAGUUUUCUUCCAUUCAGCAAAAUGACUGGCUUAGAGCCCUCUCUGAUAAUGCAGUGCAUGGUAUAAUUGGAAUGUGGUCAUGGGCAAUAGUAAUUGGACUCAAGAAGAAAAGUGAUUUUGGAGAAAUAAUUUUGGCUGGAUUUCUAGCCUCUUUUAUUGAUGUGGACCACUUUUUUCUAGCUGGAUCUCUAUCUUUAAAGGCUGCUUUGAACCUACCACAUAGGCCUUUUCUCCACUGUUCUACUCUGAUACCUAUUGUGGUACUGGCACUAAAGUUGAUUAUGCACCUUUUCCAGCUCAAAGACUCAUGGUGCUUUCUUCCCUGGAUGUUAUUUAUUUCUUGGACUUCUCACCAUGUUCGGGAUGGAAUUCGUCAUGGUUUAUGGAUUUGCCCUUUUGGAAAAACUUCUCCCCUGCCAUAUUGGCUCUAUGUGACAAUCACAGCAUCUUUACCUCAUUUAAGUUCAUUCAUUAUGUAUUUAGCAAGAACCAGAGAGAUGUCUAUAAAACAUGGAAUUCAUAUCGAUGUUUAAGGGAACUAGGUGACAACUUUUGGAGAACACUGUUUAAAAGUAAUCAUUGAAUGUACUCAUCAUUGAAGUGAAUUUUAAAAUACAUGUCACUUCUGCAGCAAUUGUAGUUCUAAUAUUUAGUUUCUUUGCUUAUAGAAUUGUUUUGCAUGGUAAACAAAAUUAUUUUAAUAGGAAGAAUGUCAUUAAUGCAGUUUUAGUCAUAUAUAUAUAUAUAUAUAUAUACACACACAUGUAUAUGUAUAUGCAAAAAUUGUUUCAUUUCUUCUAACUCAGAUUUUUUUAUACAUUUAUUCAGUUUUUCUUGUUUCACCAUCAGCAUUUUGGGUUUUGGUUUUAUUUAUUAUUUAGGUCAUGAUUGUUUCCAAAAAAGCAGUUUAAGGGGCCAUUUCCAAGCAAUCUUCCAUAUUUGUUGAGUUGAAUUGAUUUGAAGUUUUGGAGUAUUAUAUACUUUUGAGCAGCCCGUUUCCUUCUGAAAAGAAGCUCAAGGUUUAGGUUGCCCAAGUUCUGACAGCUAACAUUAUGUUGAGCUGCUUAACUCCUGUGAAUCUUGAAGCAUUGAAAUAACUAAAGUUGAAUGCUAUUCAUAUGUAAAAAUGACUGCUAGUAUUUAUUUUGAAUUUUUACCUAACCUGAAAAUACAAUUUGUCAGGUGCUAAUAGUUAAUUUAGGACAGAAUUAGUUUAUAUAAAUAGAGUAUUGAGAGUGGUUUGGUGGUUGACAUCAAGUGGUUUGGUGGUGGAAUUUAUUAUGUUAGAACAAUGUUAGAACAAAUUUACUAUUUCAGGAAAUACAUUCCCACUAUAAUAAAGUAUUAGCUAUAAUAUAAUGCUUAUAAUAAUAUUUUAUCAAAGUGUCUUCUAUCUAGACGUUUUGCCCAUGAAUCCCAUGCAUUGGAAUUUUAUCUGUUUUUGUUUUGUUUUUUGUUUUUAAGAUACUACUACUACUACUAGAUAUGAAUAUGUCUACAUUAUUUACAGAAUAAUAAUUAAAAGGAUUUUUUGGUUAUGUCAGUGGAACUUCAAUUGACCUUUGAUCUACAAACAUAACCACUAAUAAUGUAAUAACAAAUAUAGGAUCCACAUAUAUGCCAUUAAGAUUAUUUCAAUUGCCAUCAAUUUGUUUAUAUGCUCUGUCAAAAAAUAAUGUAUCAGUCAAAUGAUUAAAAACAAUUAAAUUGCCUACUAUUUAAAAGGAAAAGUAACUUUUCCCCAAAUAAGCUAAUUUAAGGAAACUUAUUUUUGGUUAUAGUCCUUUAAAUCAAUGUCUGUUAAAAUGGCCAAGUUUAGAGGAAAAAUGAACAAUUAUAACUCUUGGAUUUACAUACAGUUUAAAGCUACCUUCUUGAAGAUCAAUGUAUUCAGCGUCACAUGUUAUAUUUUACUGCACACAAAAUCCAUUGUCUUCAUAUGUUAUUUAUAUUUUCUUACGGAUGUGAACUAUGAUGCCAGUAAUGAUGUGUGCCUUAAUCUGUGAGAAAUUAUGAAUGAUUCAUGAAGUCUACUUGAGAAAAAGAGAUUUUUUUUUUUUUUUUUUUACAUCAGACUGAAUUGAUGUUCAGUAAAUUGUCAUUAAGUUCUAUACAGGCUCUGACUAAUUCAUUCAAGUCCAUCAAUGAAGAAGGACACUUUUUAUUCUCUUUUUGUUUCCAAAUAGAAAAAAUAACCUAUUUUUAAAAAUUAAUUAAUCAAAGAAGUAUUAGUCUUUUGUUUACUUUCUUUUUAAUCAAGUUUUAAAAUGCUUCGUAAUUUUUUUUCUUCAAACCAGGUUGGAAUUUAAUCAAAAUACAGGAUGUCAUUAAAGAAUAUUACAUUGGCA